AUUAUUUUUUUAUACUGUAUUAGGUCACUCUUUGCCUAGAAGUCUCGCGGCGUUGCUCAUUUUUUCCGUUUAAUUAAACGCUAAAGAAGUACUACAAUAAUUAUAUAACAUCAUGAACAGCCUGAGGACAGCCACUUUGCGAUUCGCUAACCUAGCCACCUCUGCGACUGGAGCUCUGGGCAAGCGCGACUUCACCCGCAGCCUGUGGCACAUGACGAAAAAGCCGGCGGCCGGAUGUAAUGAUCAUGUAACCGUGUUGAACGUGCACAAGCCCAGCAUCAACUGCACGUGUGGCUGCAAUAUCCACACCAAAUGUGAGCGAGAGCUUGUUGAGUUCCUCACCGAGGAGAUCGUGGCCGAGCGCAAGGUGCAGAAGGGCAAGACUGUGCCUAGCACCCUCGACGGAUUUAGCGUCAAGCUGAAUGGCGCCGAUGUAGAGCUCACCAAGCAGACAGACAAGGAGAAGGUGGUAAUCAGCUUCAAUGUCAAUCACUCUGUGGACAGCGAGGAGGAACCAGAAAUCAAUCCGAACGCCGACAAACCAGACUUGGGCGAGAUGCGCAGCAAGCCCCAGUUCGAGGUGGACAUCAUUAAGGGCAGCUCCACACUGUCCUUCACCUGCUCCUUCCUCCAAGGAGAAGCUCAGGAGGGAGAAUACAACGAUGUGUUCUCCAUUGACGAAAUGGCUAUUUAUGAUGGCGAGUGGAACGAUAAGGUCUAUGCUGUUGCUGGCGACGUGCUUGACGGAUACUUGUACGACUUGCUGGUCAAUCUGCUGGAGGAAAAGGGCAUUAGCCAGGACUUUGCAGAGAAGUUGUCAGACUUGGCCACUGCCCAUGAGCACACUUCCUACAUUGCCCUUUUGGAAAAGCUCUCAAAGUUCACCACCGGGGCCAAGUAAACGCUUCACUAGGUUGCGUUACUCGCUCCCAACCUAAUCUUAAUGCAUAAAAGUUGUAUAGGUUUUUAAGUUUCUACUGUAUACGCCACAGUUUCUCCACUAAAAACAAUUUUGAUUAA